GUGCCAUCAAGCGCUUCUUCAUCAGGCUUGCGCUGCCUUUGUUUCAGGAGUCAACCGCCGAGAAGUUUCAACUGACAUGGUGCUUCGACUCUGCUGAGAUCACGGCCAUGGCGCCGAAAACAGCAAGGGCGCGCCUGACGUCCUUUGCGACUGCAAAGCGCAAACUGCGUUUGAAGGCAUGGCGCUUGAUGCGGUGGUCCCGCACCACCAUCUUGCGCAUGGGCCCCUCCUUCCAGCAAGCUGUUCUGAGGAAG